CGCCGGGAGGCCCAGACCAUGCUGGCCUGCCUGCAGAGGACCCAGAACCCCCCAGCCCAGCACCUCGCCUGCCCCAACAAGGCGCUGGAGCCGCGCAAGUGCGAGACGGCGGCAUCCAUGCAUUCCCCGCGCUACCCCAGCCCCGCCGAGCUGGAUGCCUACGCACAGAAGGUGGCCAACAGCCCGCUGACCAUCAAGAUCUUCCCCACCAACAUCAGGGUCCCCCAGCACAAGCACCUUAACCGGACGGUCAAUGGCUACGACACCACGGGGCAGCGCUACAGCCCCUACCCCCUGCACGCCGGCGGCUACCAGGGUCUCCUGGCCAUCGUCAAAGCCUCCGGCAAAAGCGUGGUGAAGAACUCGGAGGGGAAGCGGACUAAGCUGUCGCCCGCCCAGGUCGGCGUCGCUCCCUACCCCGCGUCAAGCACUUUAGCUCAAGGUCCCUCCUGCGCCGGGCAGCUGAGCUACCAUGGCAGCCAGAAGCAGCUGGAGGGUCCCGUGCCCCCCUCCUGCGCCGGGCAGCUGAGCUACCAUGGCAGCCAGAAGCAGCUGGAGGGUCCCGUGCCCCCCAACGUGACGGUGGCGGCCUCCGUGCUGCCACUGGCGGGGAGGAGGCCGGAUAGCUCCCUCUUGGAGGAGGAUUUCACUGUGCAUGGGUAG